AUGGCUGCGAAGCGAUUCUAUGGUUUAGAGAAACGUUUAGAUGGAGUUCCGGAACUAAAGAAAAAGUACAACGAAUUUUUGAACGAUUAUGCAUCGCUGGGUCACAUGGUAGAGAACACGAAUCCUGAUAUUUCGCCAGGCUUCUAUCUACCACAUCAUUACGUUCUGAAGCCCACUAGUACUACCACAAAACUACGCGUGGUUUUCGAUGGCUCGGCUGUCUCUGACACAGGUGUUUCCAUCAAUCAAACGCAAAUGAUAGGUCCAAUUGUACAAAACGAUUUAGUUUCGAUUCUUUUGAAUUUCCGAUCCCAUCGAAUUGCGUUCACUGUCGAUAUUCCUAAGAUGUAUCGGCAAGUUGCUGUACACGAAGACGACCGAUGCUACCAGAGAAUUCUUUGGAGAGAAACUCGAGACGAUCCGCUGAAGGCGUACGAUUUACAGACCGUGACGUACGGCUUAGCCUCAUCCCCGUUCCUUGCAACCAUGUCACUCCGUCAGUUGACCGAAGAUGAGGGUACCCAAUUUCCACUGGCUGCCAACGCAAUCAAGAAAUCUUGCUAUAUGGAUGAUGCAUUAGUGGGAGCCAGCACUCUGCCCGAAGCAAUAGAGUUAAAGAAUCAGAUAGUUGGUAUGCUGGAGAGAGGGUGCUUUAGUGUACACAAAUUUGCCUCGAAUUCUCAGGAAUUGUUAGCAGAUGUUCCGGAGCAGCAACGAGAACAAGGAGUUGAGAUCGAGGAUCCUAGCAUUAACGUUGUUAUGAAAACACUAGGUGUCGCUUGGAAUCCUGUGAAUGAUCAAUUCACAAUCGCUCUUCCAACACAUCAGACCGGCGAGAAUAUUGUUCAUACGAAACGAACAAUCCUAAGUCAAAUUGCUAGAAUCUACGACCCGUUGGGGUUUGUAGGUCCCGCACUAACGGCGGCGAAAUUGAUAAUGCGUGAGCUGUGGUCACUGAAUCUCGAGUGGGACCAACCGGUUCCUGAAGCUAUGGUGCAACUGUGGAUGGACUACUAUCAGCAACUUUCCAGUUUGAACAAAUUGAAAAUCCCUCGAUGGAUCCUAAAUGAGGAUGCGUGCGAAAUUGAACUUCACGGUUUUGCAGAUCAUACGGUGCGUGCAGACGGCACCGCGGAAAUGAAGUUGGUAUGCAGCAAAUCACGAGUGCUCCCACGAAAGACGAACAAGCAAAAGCAGAUUACCACACCACGGGCAGAGCUAUUGGCGGCAGUACUACUAUCAAGACUGGCGGUGAAGAUAUUAGGAUCGCUUGAGAUUGGAUUCAGUAGUGUUACUUUGUGGAGUGAUUCUCAAAUUGUCCUAUGCUGGAUCCAAAAAUCGCCUGACCAGCUGGCGGUGUACAUCGGAAACCGUGUUCGAGAAAUACAAGGCGCCAGUCCUGCCAUCUGGCGAUAUAUUCCAUCAAAUGAAAAUCCAGCUGAUUGCUUAUCUAGAGGAAUUCCACCAAAGGAUAUGGAAUCUCUCUUUUUAUGGUGGAAUGGUCCAUCUCUGCUUCAUGUGACUGACCCUAUCAUUGAGGAGCCGCCUUCUAUGUUGGACGACGAAAUACCUGAAGUAAAAAAGACGGUGUUAAUUGCAGCAGUUAAUACAAAUCGUUUGCAGCUUUUUGAUAGAAUCAGUCGGUUUCUGAUCAUUCAGCGCGCAAUGGCUUACGUUGUGCGUUUUUGCGAUUAUGUGCGAAGUGGUAGAAGGAAGCUUACAAAGGGUUUGCUAACAACAGACGAACUGUCACGAGCGACUACUUUGAUCGUCCGAUUAGUACAAGCUGAAUGUUUUGCUAAAGAAUUAAAGAUACUACAAGCAGAGAAACCCGAUCCGAAACUACUGCCAUUCGGAAACUUGCAGCCUUUUAUCGAUCCCAACGAUGGAGUACUAAGGGUAGGUGGUCGAUUGAAAAAUGCUCAGGUUCCAUACGAAUAUAAGCAUCAAGCUAUGUUGCCUGAGAAACACCCUUUAACUGUCACAUUAAUCCGGCAUCUACACCUAAACAACCUCCACAUCGGCCAACGAAGCCUUCUAGCUAUAGUGAGACAGCGUUACUGGCCUUUGAAGGCGAAGAGUAUUAUUCGAACAAUUAUACAUCGAUGUAUCUCCUGUUAUCGAUCGAAACCAAUUAAAUCUACUCAACUGAUGGGAGAUCUACCGGAUUACCGAGUUCAACCAUCGUUUCCAUUCAGUCGAACUGGAUUGGACUUUGCCGGCCCGUUCAAGAUUCGUGCAAGCCACAAGUUACGAAACGCUGCGACAGUGAAGGGCUACGUUUGUGUGUUUGUGUGCAUGGCAACACGUGCACUUCAUUUGGAGGCUGUAUCGGAUCUAAGCUCAGAAGCUUUUCUCGGAGCACUUCAACGAUUCGUUAGUCGCAGAGGAUUAGUAGAGCACCUGUAUUCCGACAAUGCAACCAACUUUGAGGGAGCCAAUAAUGAAUUGCAUCGCCUUGCUGAGUUAUUUCGUGAAGAACGACAUAAAUUGGGUCUAGAAGCAUUUUGUACGCAGCGUGGGAUAACCUGGUCCUUCAUUCCACCUCGUAGCCCACAUUUCGGCGGGAUUUGGGAAGCGGGGGUCAAAUCCGUAAAACUACUUCUCAAGAGAAUUUUGGCAGAGCACAAUCUUUCCUACGAGCAGCUUUCUACUGUGCUUACACAAAUAGAAGCUAUUCUGAACUCGCGCACCUUGACUUCUGUCUCCGAUGACCCGAAUGAUGUCCGUGCUAUUACUCCUGCCCAUUUUCUGAUUGGUCGGGAGUUUCAGGCAAUACCGGAACCGUCCUGUACUGAAAUAUCUCCUGGCCGACUCUCCAAGUGGCAAUUCUUACAAGAUUUGAAGCAAAAAUUCUGGAAUCUCUGGAUCACCCACUUUUUACAUGAACUUCAGCAACCCCAGAAGGAUUUCAAUAUUACCACAUUCAAGGUUGGUGCGUUAGUGUUAAUCGUCGAUGAGAACGUACCACCGCUGCAGUGGAUGUUGGCUCGUAUUGUAGAGCUGAUUGCUGGCAAAGACGGCCAUAUACGUGUCGUUCGUCCAAUUCUACCAAGUGGAUCAACAACAACGAGAGCUGUGAAGAAAAUAUGUCUACUCCCAUUAGAUGCCGAAGCAGAUUCAACGGUCUAG